AUGAGCCGCAAUGUAGGACGAAGAGUCGGCGGACAAACAUGGCGCUCCCUCGUCGGCUUCUCCGCACCAGCGCAUCCGCAUCCGCAUCCUCCCUCUCCGCUCGCAUUGCAUGCGAGUAGCAGUCUCGCUCGCUAUCCUCUACCCACUCUACUGCGGUCAGCAAGCUCAAGAGCCUUGUCGGACAGUCCUUCCUCCAGAUCGCACCUCCCAACUGCCGCUCGUCUCGGACUCGGAUGCAUCGGUGGUCAUCUCCCGCCUGUCACUCCAGAAGCGGAAAGAGCCAGCGUGACCAAGCUCGCUGCUACAGCAUGGCGGCACCACAUACACAGCAGGGCAAGGCGGAAAGGCGCAGCUGCCAGCACAAGACGGAAAAGCUCCCUCAGCAAUGGGACUUCAAACCCGCGAGAGGAGCCACCAGCGAAGCCAGUCCCCCAGGCGGAGCUAUCACCGACCCCACAGAAGACCGAGAGCCCCAAGGCGAGCUCGGAACCUUCAGCUGCUGCUAGCAAGCCCCUUCUUGACCGGCUACCGCAUCUGCCCCAGAAUAUUCACCGGCCGACCAAGGAGGAGCUGCUUGCAGCCGCCACCGGCUUCUGGUCGCGGCUGCGCGUGCGCUUCAAAUGGUUCUCCAUCAAAAGCGCCCGUCCGUUCAACAUGGACGAAAUCAGCGCCUUCUUCUCGUGGAUCCUGGUAGGACAUGUUGUUUGGAUAAUAGUGGGGACAACGACGUUCUUCUCGCUGGCCAUUCUAAUGGUCAAUACCGUCUUUGCGCAAGAAACGCUCGCGGGCUGGAUCGGUAAUUACCUCACCAAGUCUUCCGGUGUCAAGGUCAUCUUCGAAUCCGCCAUCGUGCCGAACUGGCGAGACGGUGUCAUAUCUUUCAAGAACGUCUUCGUCUCGCGACGACCUGGACAAGGCCAGUCGAAGGUCACCAAGGGCUCCCAGACGUCGGCCGCCGCAGCCGCCGCAGCAGCAGCGCUCGCCGAGCGGGCCGGCGAUGGCGGAAAGCCAGAAGAGGAGGACACGAACUACACACAGUUCGACCUCUCAAUCGACACAGUCAACGUCACGCUAUCCUUCGCCAAAUGGUUCAACGGCAAAGGGCUCCUCCGUGACGUGGAAGUAAAAGGGAUCCGCGGUGUAGUGGACAGAACCUCCGUGCAUGCGCCAGAAGUCUACGUCGAUCCGCGGACCUACAAACACGAGCACAACCCGGGAGACUUCGAAAUCGACUCCUUCAAAAUGGAAGACCUCCUCGUAACCGUCUACCAGCCUGGCAACUUCCGCCCCUUCAGCGUCAGCAUCUUCGCCUGCGACCUCCCCCAGCUGCGCAAGCAAUACCUCUUCUACGACUUCCUCUCCGCAAACACAAUGUCCGGCUCCUUCGACGACUCGCUCUUCACGAUCCACCCGCGCCAAACGCACAACUACACGGGUGCGCAGCUGAACGAGGGUCGCGAAGACUCCAUCGCCGGCGAAGCGACCCACUGGAAGAAGCACUCCCGCAUCCGCAUCGACGGCCUCGCAAUCGACCACCUGAACCGCGGCAUCAACGGGCCCUUCUCCUGGAUCCACGAGGGGAAUGUCGACAUUGUGGCUGACAUCAUGUUCCCGGCCGACAACGCGGGCAGCAUCGCAAAGGUGAUGUCGGACUUCUACGACAGGGUGGAAGCCACCGUCACGGACCUCCAGAACGGAGUCGGCGAGCACAACCGCGGCGGCGAUGAGCAGGUCGCCAAGCCCUCCGCGGAGCAUCACCAGAAGCACAACGAUGACGACGAGAGGUUCCUGGUCAUGGAUCUGAGGGUCCAUCUUAAUGACGUUAGGGCUGCGGUGCCGCUGUUCACGAGGGAUAUCAGCUACAUCAACAAUGCGCUUGUGAGGCCGAUUGUUGCGUAUAUCAACUCGAAGAAGACGUUCAUACCCGUUAACUGUAGGGUGGUGAAGAGGGCGAGCGAGUUUGAUGGCAGCUGGACGGUCUAUGAUAGCGGGCUGAUGGAGGAUGUGUCGAGGGAGAUGUACGAAGCAUUCGCCCGCGACGUCCUGAACGACCACCAGGCCCGCAAGCGCCGCUUUAAGAAGGUCGGCAUCUGGACCAUCCAGCUGGCUGCGCAGGCGCUGUUUAUAGGCUUGGCGGGCCAUGUUGCGUGA